AUGGUAUUGUAUGGAAGCUAUAUGCUGCAGGGUGAAGCGGCAAACUGGCGGCAGACCAAGCGGCAACUCCUAGAAAUGGAGUUGGGAUCUUUUGCUGCUGUGUCCUGGCAGCGAUUCAAGAAGGAGUUCGACGACCAUUUCUUUCCUGUUUCGGUGAGACGACAAAAGGCUCGAGAAUUCAACAAUUUGGUACAAGGAGACAUGAUUGUCGAGCAAUAUGCUAAGAAAUUCAUGGAGCUUGGGCGAUUCGCUACUCACCUCAUUGCCACUGAGGAGCUACGAGUUGAGCGUUUCCAAGAGGGUCUGCGCCAUGAUAUACGCAGACAAGUAGCCUGUCUUCAGAUUGUGGAUUUUCAGAAGUUAGUAGAUUUGGCCACUAUUGCAGAGCAGGAAAAUAGUUUUGUGGUAGGCUCCCCUCCAGGCCAGAAGAGGCGGAGUUUUACUGGUGAGGGUAGUAGUUCUGGGUUACCGCAUAAGUUUGUACAGAGGACUGGGGCCCGUUCGCAGACAGCCUCUAGAGUUAGUGCAGGAGGUCGAGCUCUAGUUUGUAGCAGGUGUAAUAGAGCCCAUAAGGGUGACUGUGGCCAGAGAGGGAUCCAGUGCUUUAGAUGUGGCCAGUCAGGUCACUUUGCUCGUGAGUGUCCCAAUCAAGUUCAAGGAAGUCAAGGAGGACGAGGAGGUCGACGAGGCGGGAGGAGCAGCCAGAGAUAG